AAGUCGUGUUGAGGGGAUAUCAUUUCAUUGUCACGAGCCAGCAAGAUCUGUCGACACGGAUUUACAUAUCACCAUGAAGUUUGUUGGGGUACUUAUCUUUAUGGCUGUGGCAGUAAAUGCCAAGCCCAGUCAAGGGGGAUAUGGUGAUAGUGAAGCUCCAGCCCCACCCCCUGCUUCGUCAACCUCUGCUUCCUCAACCUGUCCGGUAUGUCCUCCACCACCACAGUGCCCCCCACCUCCACCAGGAUGUGGCGGACUUCCACCCCCUGCCGUCCCAGCUCCUGCACCUGAAGGUAAAUCGUCACUUGAUUUGACGACAACCCCACCAGCAGCAGGUUCAUCUUCCGCUCCAGCUGCACCUGCGCCUGCAACUACAGCGGCGGCAUCUUCGGCACCUGCGGCGCCAGCACCAGCGACAACUCUGCCCCCAGCCGCGGCAUCUUCGGCACCUGCUGCGCCUGCGCCAGCGACAACUGUCCCUCCAGCGGCUGCAUCUUCCGCUGCGCCUGCCCCAGCGACAACUCUCCCUGCAGCCUCAUCUUCCGCUGCGACAACUCUUCCCGCAGCGGCCCCAUCUUCCGCACCUGCUGCACCUGCGCCAGCAACAACUCUGCCCCCAGCGGUCGCACCGGCCGCGUCAGCAUCUUCUUCUGCUGCAGCCGCGCCCACAACAAUGCCACCCUCCCAUCCCUCGUCUGGUGGAGGUGCUGCUGCAUACGGCAAAUAAUUACCAAAUAGUCUACAUUUCAAAUAAUUCAUUAAUUUCAACACUUUUACUCUUACUUGAGCUGUCUGUAGCAAAAAACUCGUAAUUUCUUUUCGAACUACAUACUAAUCACUUCCCAUUUAUUACACUAAUACUCUGACGCUGUACGUACACCCAUUUACUUUUGCAUGUCGUGCGUGCCGGCCUAAAACAGUCAUAAAUAAAAAUACGAUUAAAAAACCAA